AUGGACCCCCAACAACAACAACAAAAUGAUCAAGAUAGUAGUGGUGGCAGAGGAGUUGGAGGAUCUUCAUCAAGCUAUCUUUGCAGGCAGAGUAGUACUAGGUGGACACCCACAACUGAGCAAAUAAGAAUCUUGAAAGACCUUUAUUACAACAAUGGAGUUAGGUCUCCAAGCGCAGAGCAGAUACAGAGGAUCUCAGCUAGACUCAGACAGUACGGUAAGAUUGAAGGGAAGAAUGUGUUUUAUUGGUUUCAGAACCACAAAGCUCGUGAAAGACAGAAGAAAAGAUUCACUUCUACUGAUCAUAUUCUAUAUCCCAUGCAAAAAGCUUCCACUACUGGUCUCAAUACUUGGAAACCUGAUCAAAACAACAUUUCUUCUACCUCUGGGUUUUCUUCUGCAAUAUCUCCUCCUUCAGGUGAUGGGUUUGGCUCUGUUGGACAGAUGGGGAACUAUGGCUAUGGCUCCAUGACCUUGGAGAAGACUUUUAAGGGAUGCUCGACAUCAGCUGGAGGAGGAGGGAGUCAUGACAUUGCAGCUGGUGGAACAAGAAGUCAGAACUUUGGAUUUGUUGGUCAGGGAGAUUAUCAUGCUUAUAAUUAUUCACAACCCUACAUUACUGCAACUACUACUCUCUUUGAUCAUCAGAAGAGAAGGUUAAUUGACUUAACCCUUGAAGAACAUGGAGAAGAAGAAGAGGAGGAGGAAGAGGAAGAGGAAACUGCACCAGAGAUUGAAACCCUCCCUUUGUUCCCUAUCCACAGUGAGGACAUCAAUGGCUUCUGCCACAACAACAAGUACUACUCUCACGGCCAGUAUUACACCAACUGGUAUCCGUCUGGUGACGGUACUGGCCGUGCUUCGUUGGAGCUCAGCCUCAACUCCUACACCGGAAUAUCACCGGAUUAA